UGGAGCAUAGAAUUGAAAUGUUAUUCUCAAAAUUAGUCUGCGCCGAACACUUUUUGUUGUUUGGACAGGCAGCCUGCAAAUUACGCCAUUUUCGAAUCGAGGCUUUAUCUUAAAAGAGGUUACAUGGCCUAGAUAAACACAAAGGCCUGCAAAUAAUGGCUUCAUGUAUAGACUUUGCAAAUAAAGAUUACGGGACUACAGCAUAUACAAACGUCGUUUCUGCAGAUGGCUUUGAAGUAUCAAAUCUUCUUGAAAAAACAAAUUCAGAUGCCUUCUUUCAUACCCCCAGAUUUUCCGAAGCUAAUGACGGUAGUUUUUCAAAACAUAAUGGGAUGACGAAGGCCAAAAAUGGAUUUAUGGCAGAUUAUUUCACGAAGCCUCCAGUGGAUGUUGUGAUUCAGUUUCCCUGUCUUGUUGAUGUGGAUUCUCUCGUAAUAAACUGCAAAUCUGGUGAGAAAAAAGUCGCUGAAUUCAUCGUUUCGGUUGCCAACGCAAAGCCACCAGUUCUUGGCAUAGAAAAAUCAAGUCUUAAAGCUCACUGCAAAAAAGUCGCACAAACAAAAUUGCAAGAAACCGAAAACAUUUCUCCAAGCUCAGACUCUUUUCCUCUUAGUUAUGAACCAGAUUUCUCUCUUGCGGAAGUCAGAAAAUCGAAUCUCUCCUCUUUACAUUUGGUUGGAAAGUUCAAUUCAAAGAUAAAUAGCUUUGACACCGUCAUCUUCAGAAAUCCAAGAAGCUGCAUUGGUAAAGGAAAUGAUUAUCUUAACAGUGGGAAACCAACUUUGGUAUUCUUUUCACUACCCUUUUUGCUAGCAGUUAGCCACUUGAUUAUAAGAGUUUUUAAAACUGAGUCAUCAACAGCUGUGGCUCUGAAAAAUGUUGAAGUUUGGGGCAGACCUUCAAGAAGUAAUAAAAAUAUAACAAAGAGUCACAUAACAAAGAUUUCCAAGAGAAUAAUGCAGAAAAACUAUGCUCAAGACAGUGGACAUAAAGUGGAAUGUGAAAAAACUGACCUUGAAUCUGAUAAAAACAGCAAAAGAAUAGGGUAUCCUACCAAGGAGACCCUCUCUAACAGAUUAAGUGAUAACUCAUUUUGUGCUGGUAAACAAUCAGAAAUUCCUGAUGAAUUUCUUGACCCUAUUACAUUUGAAAUUAUGCUUCUACCAAUAUUGUUACCAUCAGGACAUUCAGUGGAUUUAUCAACACUUGAAAGAUGCACAAAGGAAGACGAGAAAAAUGGUAGGAUGGCAAUGGAUCCAUUUACUGGAGUACCACUGAACCAAGAAAACAAAGCAGUGCCCAAUACUGCAUUGAAAUAUCGUCUAGACAGUUUCAUGCUCAAGAAAAAAUCUGAGGUGUUUCAAAGACAAACAACUGGUGUUGAUAUUCCUUCCUCUGAUGUCACUGGAAACAUCAAAAAUUUGAAACGAAUAUCAAAUUAUGGAAUGUCUGAUAAAGUUUCAUUAAAGAAAGUAAGAGUUUCAAGUCUUCUAAAUAGUGCUAAAUCUAAAUGCGAGCUUGACAGUGUGUCAGUGAUAUCCAAGUAUCAAGGUAAAGAUUCAACUGAUAAAAUUCAGUCUGACAAGCAACUUGCAGAGCAAGAUAGCAGUAUAAACAGUGAGUGUUCCAUCUCCUCAAAAUUUAGUGAAAAGGAACAAAGAGUUAAUGGGAAACCUAGUCAUGAGGAGUUGUUAAAAAACAGCCUAGAAAGUGCUUUACAAAAAGUUGUUUGGCCAUAUUCCUUGAAGAUUGCAUCAGAUCAAGAAAGCAAUAAAAGAGCAUGGAAAUGCUGCCUUUGUAGGACUACAAGUACAGAAAAACACUUUUUUAAAAUACCAUGUAAUCAUUUGGUUUGCAGAGACUGUCUUAUGAAAGAUCAAGCUGUCAAAAAAUGUGGCCAAUGUCUUGUGGUUUUUAAAAACCAUGAGGUGGCUCGUGUACACUUCACAGCAUACUUUGACACAUGACAUCUGAA